AUGCCGGAAAAAGGACAGUUCACGACGGGGAAGACUGCUCUUCUACUAUCCGUCGCCGGAAUUAUCAUCGGCGGCCCUCUGGUGGCGUUGAUGGGAAUCAUCUUCGCGGUUACUAUGACUCUCCUCCUCGUAGCCUCGCCGCUGUUCAUAAUAUUCAGCCCCGUGCUGUUUGGCGCGGCCUGCGUCUUUGGUCUGGUGAUGCUCGGACUGGCGGCGGCGGGUGCCAUGGCGGUCGUGGGGGUGUCUGCGGUGGCGUGGGUUCUCCGGCCGUCGUACGCGAGCGGAAGAGGCAUUCAGUUCCAGUCUGAUAAGUUGAUCGACUCCGGCGGCGGCGGCGGCGGCGGCGUGGAGCAGGAAAAAGAUUGGGCUGGGUAUAUUCAGCAGAGACCGCUGACCACACAUGAGCUCUGA